UUAGACUGAAGUGAAAGCAGAGCCUGCUGGGAGUAAACAAGGAGGCCUAUCAUGCGCCCGGUAGUUUGAUUCACGGAGGUCUACCUGAGAGUCACCCUACCUGUCGCACGAGGACACCGGUAUGUACCCCAACUCACAGUCGGCCAGACACCCGGCUCAGACGCUGUCACUGAACAGUCAGUACUUCCCGCCUCCGUAUGACUACACCAGUUACCAUCACGUCCCGGGAGUCGGUGACCCGUCGACAAGCGCCUGGAACUCCGUCUACGCUCCCCGGGAGGAGUAUCCGUACAGCUUCCCGGGGUCAAGCCCCAGCGCCGGGCAGGUCAGCUUCUGCUCCCCGGAGCUGAGCGGCACGCCCACCGCCGCUGGAGGAGGGUCGUUCACGCCGUACAACUUCAUCACCGGACAGGACCCCUUCAGCUCCAGGAGGAAACCACAUGAGCCCAUCAAACCAUCCGCCACAGGAGCAAAGACUCGCACUAAGGACAAGUACAGGGUGGUGUACACUGACCAGCAACGCCUGGAGCUGGAGAAGGAGUUUCAGUACAACCGCUAUAUCACCAUGAGGAGGAAGACUGAGCUGUCGAUGGCACUGAGCCUUUCUGAGAGACAGGUGAAGAUCUGGUUUCAGAACAGACGUGCCAAAGAGAGGAAGAUAAACCGGAAGAAGCUGCAGCAUUCUCAGCAGGCCUCCACAACUACACCCACCCCGCCUGCGCUGUGCGGACCCACUGACACCCACAUCACCACCAGCCCCAUCAGCAACAUUUUGUCCGACACAGUAUCAGAGGAGUACUAGGUGGAUUUCACAUGGAAGACUGACACAGCGUGAAAUAUGUACAUAGCGUGUUUUGUUUUUUUAAGUUUACCGCAGAAUGAAUGAUGAUGAUGAUUCACAUCAACAUGAUGUCAUAAUGCUGCACUUCCUGCUUUUCACAAUGACAAGCACUACAUAUCUGUUGCACUGAUCAUCCCUGGUGGGCGUUUGCCAAUUACAGGACUUUAAUGUGUUAAUAUGGAUCAUUUUCAGCACAAGGAUAUUGAUUGUAAGGACAAAGAUUCACUUGAUAACUUGUCACUUGUCAAAUUUCUUUAAGAAUUGUUGGUUAAAGCCACAAUGAAAAAGCAUUUCAGUCCUUCUCUCUUUAUCAGGAUGUUGAAAUUUGUCUUAAUCAUGGUUGAUAAAAGUGACAAUGCGUCUGUC